CCAAUUUCAGUGCUAAAGGUAAAGGGAUUGACUGUAAGAUUUAACCUCUAUUCUUAACCAUGGAUUUACUUGGUCAGAAAGUCAAGGAAAUUUUGACCUGAAUUUACGUGCAAAGCAUUCUACGAAGACCGAACAUGCGUCUGUGGAUAAUUAAUCUCGUUUGUGCCGCUGUGUAUGGAAUAAACCGUAUUUCAGAACCAGAUCUGAGAGCUGUUAACUUUGCCGACAAGAUAGAAGGACAAAAGCUGAACGGAAGCCUGAUAAGAGAACUUGAAGUGGAUUCGGAAAGUUCCUGUCAGCUUGAGUGUGUGGAUGAGGAGCGAUGUCAGUCUUACAACUUUGGAACCAUAAAGGGCGACUCAGAGAAAUUCGAGUGCCAACUAAGUGCCUCUGAUCGAUUUGCUGCAUUUGCUAACUUCACUGAGGAUAAAAAUUUCAUAUACAGAGGAAUAGAGGGUAAAAACGCUGCUAAAUGUUCAGCGAGUAUCGCCGGUACUGUUCGUAACAAUACUUUCCGAAAGGCCUGGGAAUGGUGUAAUGGUGAGGUUUGGCUAUCAGUGGUGAUUGGUUUGUUCGCUACUGAACCAGGACGUCACUGUCUUGAUAUUUUAAAAUCAGGUCAAAGUCGCGGUAGUGGACUUUAUUGGAUCGAUCCAAACGGUGGUUCAACAAGUGACUCUUUCCAAGCUUUUUGUGAUAUGGAGACCAAUGGUGGAGGCUGGACACUAAUUUCCACAAAAGUGUCUCCAAGCUUCCUCCUUAUCAAAACAGCCUUCCUAGCAUCAGCUGCAGAAACUACGGAUGCAGAUGCAUCGAGUCACAUCCACCCUGACAUGGGGGACUGGGAAGAAGUCAUGUUCCGGUUCAGUGACGUCAAUACCAUCCGGGUUAUUUACAACAGGAAGGCAGGCGCUCCAAAUAAGGACAAAACAGACUUCGAGAAGCUCUUGAUGGGGACAACUCUCGACAAUGUGGGGAGGACCAUCCACGGUUUUUACAAAUACAGCCCAGCAGAUCAAAACAAGAGGAAUCCCUCUUCUGGUUUUGCUUCAAUAUCAGUUUUGUACUUCGAUUCAAACAACGGGAUAUCUGAAAGCCAUGCUGGCACAGACAAGUGGAUUGACAUGUGGCACUUUGUUGACGUCUCAAACAACUACAUCACUUUUGACGAUAGCCGCGCUGUUGGUACCAAGUGUAUCGCGGGCUACUGUUAUCUGAACAAACCAAUCUGGGUAAUGGUGAGAUAGGAAAAAGAACUGUAGCUGAAGAUAAGAAAAGGCGCUCUCAAGUUUUUGUAAAUUGGUGGGAGUUAAUCAAUUAUUCUAUGCUGCCACAACUAGCCAUAGUUGUUGUAUUAGUAAAAAUAAAUAGUUAAAAGCUUUGAUAAGUUGUCGAUCGUUAGAGAGAAUUAUUAUAAUCUCGAUGUAACUGCCUAAAAUAAGUGUUUUUAAAGAUGCUAAUGUACGGAUUCUUAUUGUGUUUGCCAUUAACCUAUAUCUUCUUAUUGUGAAAUACCCCCUGAUUUUAAGAUUCGCGGUAUCUCGACCCUUCUGAUAUGUUUUAGAAAUGCAAAAUCUCAAUUUGA